UUCUUAUUUUCCAAGAUGGCGGCUCCCACAUGUAAACAUGCGAUCUAACGUAGUGGUACUCAGCGUUUCAUUAUAACAUUCUUCUGGCAUUAAUUUGUGUCGCUGAGUUAUGUCCAUACUGGUAGGUUGACAGUGAAGUGCAGCGUUGAGUUGUUAACAAACUAGACUUCGGUUUGUGAGCUGUAUACAGAGCCUAAAGUUAGUAUUUCAGCUGCCAGCAAAGAGCCAUGCCAGCGCUGACCAUAUUCGUGGCUUCUUUGCCAGAAUCGGCAACAAACGAGCGCCUGGAGGAAAUAUUCUCCGAAAUUGGUCCAGUGAAACAAUGCUUCGUGGUUAGAGAAAAGGGAACAGAGAAAUGUCGGGGCUUUGGCUUCGUCACCUAUUCUAUGGAAGAAGACGCCCGACGGGCCUUGAAGGACGUAAGAGAAUACGACGGUAAAAAGCUGUCGCUCUCGGUUGCUAAAAAGAAAAUUAGAGAUGAAAAGAAAACAGAGAAAGAGGCAGCGUCAGCACCAUCUCAAAAUGAGCAGGAAUCUGUAAAGUUCAAGAAAAAAAUAUCUAAACAAGCCAGACUUGUCGUAAGGAAUCUGAGUUUUAAGUGCACAGAAGGUGACCUAAGAGAAGCAUUUGAAAAGUUUGGCACUGUUGUGGAAGCCAGUAUACCCAUGAAACCAGAUGGAAAGAUGCGCGGAUUUGCGUUUGUCCAGUUUAAAAAUAUGUCUGGCGCUACAAAAGCACUUCAAGCUCUGAACCUGAAAGAGAUAAAAGGUCGCCAGGUAGCAGUUGACUGGGCUGUGCCAAAAGAAAAGUAUAUUGCUGCCCAGCAGUCUUCAGGUUUAGGGAGUAAAGUUGCAGAGGAGGCAGAUGCAAAAACAGCAAGUGAUUCUGAGGAUGAGGAGGAAGAAGAAAGGCAACAAGAAACAGCUGAGAUGAAAAAAGAUGGGCUUAAGGCAACUGCACAGGAGGUUGAGGGUCCUCGUUCCAGCGAUGAAGAUAACAGUGAAGAGAGUGACGAAGAUGAAGAAACUGAAGACGAUAAUGAUGAGGAGGAUGAGAUUAUGGAAGAGGAUGAUGAUGAUGAUGACAAUGACCUUGAUUCAAAUGAUGAUUACAAUGAGACUGAGGAUGAAGAGGAAGAAAUGUCACCAGCUCCAAAACAAAUGUCAAAGAAACAUUUACCUUCUGAUGUGAAAGAAGGACGAACAGUUUUUAUCAGGAACUUGUCCUUUGACACGGACGAGGAGGGUCUGGAGGAAGUUCUUCUACAGUUUGGAGAGCUAAACUAUAUAAAGAUUGUUCUCAACCCAGACACACAGCACUCAAAAGGUCUUGCAUUUGCUCAAUUUAAGACUAAAGAGGCUGCAGACAGCUGCUUAGCUGCAGCCCAAGAUGAGACGGAGAACGGUGGAAUCCGUGUGGAUGGCAGGAAGCUGAUUAUUGUUGCAGCAGUGAGCAGAGAAGAUGCCAUGAAGCUGAAAGUCGACAAGAAAAAAGUAGAAACAGGCAGCAGGAACCUGUACCUGGCCAGAGAAGGAUUGAUCCGCGGUGGAACAAAGGCAGUAGAGGGUGUAUCUGAGGCAGACAUGGCCAAAAGAGUCAGAUUCGAAGAAGUAAAGAGAGCCAAACUCCGGAACAUAAACGUUUUUGUAUCGAAAAACCGCCUGUGCAUUCAUAAUCUUCCAAAAUCUGUAGACAAUAAAAAACUUAAAGCACUGUGCCUUAAAGGUCUAAAAGGAACCAAAGGAGUUCGGAUCACAGAGUGUCGGGUCAUGUACGACAAGAAGCCAGAGAAAGGUCAAGUGAUGGGUCAGUCGUUAGGUUAUGGUUUCGUUCAGUUCCGGGACCAUGAGCAGGCUCUCGGCACUCUGCGUUACCUUAACAACAACCCCACCAUCUUUGGCCCUCACAAGAGACCCAUUGUUGAGUUCUCCCUGGAGGACUCCAGGAAGCUCAAACUCAAAGAAAUACGAAAACAAAGAAAUAAAGACUUCAUCCAAAAUCAACCUGUAAAAGGAGAGGUGAAAAAAUCCCAAACACGUUCAGACACCAAAAGACCAAAGAAGGUUGGAAAUGAAGCACAGUCUUCGUCACAGGCAACAGGAAAGGAGAAAGACACUACUUAUGGGCAGAAGGGAAACUUUUCAGGUUUUCAGACCAAACCUGAGGUUGAACACAUUGAUUUAAAAAAUGGAAAGAAACGCAAGAAAGUUCUGCCUUUACCUUCCCAUCGCGGACCUAAGAUCAGAAUGCGGGACAAGGAGAAGCAAAAGGUCCCACCUGCCAAGAAAGCAAACCCUGGAUCUAAAAGGAACAAGCAUCAAAGACAACAAAUUGAAAAGCCUUCUCGGGCCAGAAAACAGAAGUUUAACAGUCCUAAGAAACAGUUCAAGCGCAGAGAAGGGGACCGUUUUGAUUCCUUGGUGGAGCAGUACAAGAGAAAACUGAUGGGCAGCGGCGACAAGAACGCCUCCAUCAAAAGAAACAAGUGGUUUGAUAGUUAAACCUGUGAGUGUGUAAGAAAGGAAGUGAUGCUUGAGAAAUCCACGUCCCGCUAAAUUCCAUCUAGUGGGAAGUUCGCAUAGAUUUUGUUUUUAAGAGUUGUGGUAAACUGUACAGGCAGUUAACUGCAUGACAGAGACAUGACACUUUGUAAUUUUCAAAGCAAAUUGAAAGUUUUUUUUUCUUUGUGCUAGUUUGUUGCAUAUCUCUUUUAAACAUUUAUUUUUGAAAAGGUAUUUGUGUUUCUGUACAUCAUUGCUUAUGUGAAUUUUUUUUUUUAUAGUCCCGUGCUUUACAGAUAUCUAUUUGUAUUUGAACUUGUUAGAUCAAAUACAUACACACAUGUCCACUCAGAACAUUUUACUUCAUUAUUACUUUUCCCAGCCCACUUGUACAAAUUCCACAGCACCAACCGGUAGGAAACAGUUUAAUUUUUAUUUACAGUUUUAUUAAAAACAUAAAACAUUGUACUCACUGUACAAAAAUA